AUGUUGAAGUUGAUGCUUGCUUGCUGUAAGAUUUACAUUUCUGAAAGCAGAAACAAGGCUGCGCUCGAGUCAAUUGAAAGAGCUGCGAAGCUAUUCCCUGAAGCACCUAUUGUUAAUAAGUUUGAAGAUGUGACGUAUAAUAGAGUUGGUUACACCCUUGUCUCAAGUUUGGGUCCAAAACCAUCUUCAGACUCGUGUGCUUUGAAGGGUGCUAUGCUUGCUAUGGUUAAAGCUGCUCUUGAAACUAUUGAUCUUGAGUUGCAUUGUGGAAGUCAUCCCCGGCUUGGUGUUGUUGAUCACAUUUGCUUUCACCCCUUGGCUCGUUCAUCUCUGGACCAGGCAGCUGGGAUUGCAAAGACUCUGGCAGUAGACGUUGGCUCUAUUCUUCAAGUCCCCACAUUUCUAUAUGGAGCUGCCAGCAAUGAAGGGAGGACCCUCGAUUCAAUCAGAAGAGAGCUGGGUUAUUUCAAGCCAAAUUCUGGAAACCAAUGGGCAGGUGGGCCAAAAUCAGAGUCCUUGCCACUGAAGCCAGAUGAAGGUCCAGCUCAAGUGAAUCAAGCGAAAGGUGUUCUUGUAAUUGGAGCAACCAGGUGGGUUGAUAACUACAAUGUCCCUGUCUUCUCCACUGAUAUUGCCACUGUUCGUAAAAUUGCGAAGCGUGUGAGUGGAAGAGGAGGUGGACUUCCUUCAGUUCAAGCAAUGGCACUUGCUCAUGGUGAUGAUGUUACUGAGGUUGCUUGUAACUUGUUGGAACCAAGUAAUGUGGGAGGAGAUAGAGUUCAGCAAGAAGUUGAGAGACUUGCAAAGGAAGAGGGUAUGACUGUGGGGAAGGGGUAUUUUACUGAUUUCUCACAGGAAAAAAUAAUUGAAAGCUACUUGAAGUUUUGUCCCGUAAUGUAA